AAGUGUGUGUCUGUGUGCCAGUCAGCCAGUGCAUCGGGCCCAUCUGUACGAUUCUCUCCGCUCGCGAAACGCAGGGCGAUCGGCGGCACUGUCACUUUCAACAGACAGGGAAAUGUACUGACUAAACGGGUUAAAGAGAAAGCGAUAAACCACGGUUUGCGCCCAUAUUAUAUUUGCCAUCGUUUGAACGUUGUGGAUUAUAUUGCUUGUAACAAAAAGCCGACGAUGGAGGAAUCCAGCUCCCAAAAACUGGUUUGGGACGGAGACGCCAAGGCAGUCCAGCAAUGUUUAACGGAUAUUUUCACCAGCGUCUACACCACUUGUGAUAUUCCAGAAAAUGCCAUUUUCGGACCUUGCGUUUUGAGCCACACUUCCUUAUACGACAGCAUUGCUUUCAUUGCUCUCAAAUCUACGGAUAAGCGAACUGCGCCUUACAUCUUCAGGGUGGACACGUCGGCGGCCAACAGUUCCUCGGAGGGCUUGAUGUGGCUUCGCCUGGUCCAGUCUGCCAGGGACAAGGACGAACAGAACCUGGAGGCCUACGUCAAAAACGGACAGCUGUUCUACCGAUCUCUGAGGAGAAUUGAGAAGGACGAGGAGCUGCUGGUGUGGUACGGGAAAGACCUGAUCGAGUUGCUACUUCUCAGUUCCGGCAGAGGACAAGGAAAAAACAAAGGAUCUCCUCCAUAUUUGUGUCCAGACUGCAACCAACGCUUCCAGUUUGAGUUCCCGUUUCUGGCUCACUUGAGAUUCCGCUGCACCAAAAGACUCCAGAGCAUGGCCAGCGCGGACGAGGAUUCUAAGGACAAUGGCGAGCACGUAGACCUGACCCCGGCCAGGUCCAGUCCCAAGCUCGGCCGGUCGGAGGGCUACUCAAACUCGGUGGAGGGCAAGCCCUCCACAGACUUCCACAACUUGGCCAGGGAUCUAGAGAACAGCAGGACGAGCCCGCCGAGCGACAAGGAGGCGGAGAUCAGGAGCGAGAGCACCAACAAGCGGAAGUUCUCGGAGGUGGAGGAGAGCCGGUGCGCGGGCCUGCCGCACCCCGUCAAGUCCAAGGAAGAUCUGGCGACGUCGGCGCAGCACUACCGCGGAGCCUACGGCCUGGAGGAGAACCGGCGGACGUUCUCGCCGUCCAACCCCGAGCCCGCGGAGGGCAAGCGGAGCGCCUUCAGCGAGGUGAAGAAGGGCCCGUCGGGCCUCAAGCACAGCUCCAAGAACCUGAGCUCCAACGCGGAGAACAAGGAGGGCGGGAGGCCCAGCGGCAGCCCCGCGGAGAAGCACCUGAACAUCCGGCAGGUGCUGUCCGAGACGCAGCCGCAGUCCCGCAUGGAGGGCUCGUCCGUGGGCAGCGCCUUCACGUCCGUGCCCCAGCAGGUGGGCGGCUCGGAGAGGAAGAGCGCCUUCAGCCAGCCCACCCGCACCUUCUCCCACCUGUCGCCCCUGGUGAUGACCCCCAAGCUCCUCCCCUCGGUGGACUGCCACCCCGCCGUCGGGGACACCCUCUCCUCCAGCAGACUCUACCAGGCCGACCAGCUGGCCGCCAAGCUCCAGGGCUCCGAGCUGGGCGGCAACUGCCCGGUGCCGGGCGGCAUGCCCAAGCAGAGCCCCUUCCUCUACGCCACCACGUUUUGGCCAAAGGCGUCGGGGCCCAUCCAGCUGCAGAUGCCCUCCGCGCUCACCCUCCUCCCCCCGUCCUUCACCUCCCUCUGCCUGCCGGCGCAGAACUGGUGCGCCAAGUGCAACGCCUCCUUCCGCAUGACCUCCGACCUGGUCUACCACAUGCGGUCCCACCACAAAAAGGAGUACGCCAUGGAGCCCCUGGUGAAGAGGCGCAGGGAGGAGAAGCUCAAGUGCCCCAUCUGCAACGAGUCCUUUCGGGAGCGACACCACCUCUCCCGUCACAUGACCUCCCACAACUGACUCCUCUCACCGCCAUUUUUUGUUUUUGUUUUUGGAAUUCGCUUAUUUCAUGAGUUUUCCGACCGGGAUUAUUGUCUGACUGGAUGUACAGUACGCCCCAAACGCACUUGUUUUUUUUCCACUUUGAAAAGGACAUUGUUUUUUUUUUGUUUGUUUUUUUUAUUUUUCCAAGUGUCAUGUUUUCAUUGUAUGCCAAUGCAUUGACUUAAAAAAAAUCUAUUUAUCAUAUGAAGCACUUAUGAUUUUGGAAAUAAGGGAAGCAAUGAUAUGUGUAAACGUAAGUUGUAUUUUAUAAAUAUAUAAAUAUAUAAAUAAAUAUGAAAAAGAAGAAAAAAUGUAGGUGCAUUCCAUGGGUUAUUAUUCAAUGAUUUUUUUUUCCAUGUUCAUACUAAAAGGUCACAUAUUGAAAUAAAAUGGGAUUAUGUCAGACUAUAUUUGAGAGUGCAUGUAAUAUUAAAUAGAUAUUGAUUUAAAAUGCAGUCUAAAAUGCAGUGUAAAUACCUGUUUUGUUUGAAUACAAAGGUGUAAUAUUUUGUGUCAGUGAGGAAUAGUUUCGGUGUUUCUUCCUUUUGCUGAAAUUUACUACUUGAUAGUUUAUCUAAUCAUGUUGAAUGCUUUGACAAUAAAAUAGCUUUAUUUUCA